AUGCGUUAUACCCAAUCAGGCACCAUUUUUGAUUUAAUUUUCUUUUUCGGAACAGUAAAUUUCUUCUCCUUGUUGAAAAGUUGCAACCGAUCAUGUUCUGAUCUAUCUAUCAUAAUUUGGUUCUAUCUAUCUAUCUAUCUAUCUAUCUAUCUAUCUAUCUAUCUAUCUAUGUCUUUUUCAAAUCUCACAUCUUUCAUUUCUGAACCUGGCCGGGCCAAACUACGUUCUAUCUAUCUAUCUAUCUAUCUAUCUAUCUAUCUAUCUAUCUAUCUCAGUGUUUCUCUCAAUAUAUCUAUCAUAGGUUCUUUCUAUCUAUCUAUACAGCAUACUUCUAUCUAUCUAUCUAUCUAUCUAUCUAUCUAUCUAUUUUAUUUCUAUCUAUCUAUAUAUAAUAGUUUCUUUCUAUCAAUCUAUAUCUAUCUAUAUAUAUAUAUCAUAGUUUAUAUUUAUAUAUAUAUGUGUCUGUGUUUAUAUCUAUCUAUCCUUAUAUGUAUGUAUGUAUAUAAAAUAAUUUGUUUCUACUUGUAUAUCAUACUUUUUUCUAUCUAUCUAUCUAUCUAUCUAUCUAUCUAUCUAUCUAUCUAUCUAUCUAAGAGUGAGCUAGAAAUACCUCCCACAUUUGAAAUGUCACCUUUGUGGUCCUCAUAA